AUGGAAAAGGAAAGGGAGAGAGUGACGAUGGUUAAAGGAGAGGAGGGCGCUCCUGCUGGUGCUGCUGCUGGUGCUGGUGAUGGUUCAUCUUCCCGUGCUGCUGCUGCGGAAGUCCCUAUAAAGGAGGAGCCUGUAAUGAGGACAGGCGGGCAGAUGGAAGGGAGAAGAGAGGAUAGGUGGGAGGAGGGGGAGCAAGCACCACUUGCGAAGCACAGGAAGGUGGAAGGAGGAGAGGGAGAGGGAGGGGGAUGGGGAGGAGGAGGGGAGGCUGGAAGAGGGGGGGUGAGGGCAGGCAGCAAGCUCUCCCCUGAUGCUCCUCCCUUUGUGCCUGCUGCACUAAGAGGGGCAGGGGGUGGGGAGGAUGGGGGGAGGGUGAGAGAUGAAGAGAUGGAGGUGAAGGGAGGGGGGCGAGAUGAGGAAGGGAGGGAGGGGAGUGAGAGGGAGAGGGAAAGGAAGGGGUCUGGUGGUGGUGGUAGGCACGAAGAAAGGGCAGGGAGGGAGAGAGGAGGCGAGGAGGGAGGGUUUUAUGCAGGCAAAGGGAAGGGUGGGAAGUCGGGGUUGGGGGUUGAGGGGUCAAAUCACAGGGAUAGCUUGGGUGUGGGUAGGUCUAGUGGGAGAGCGUAUGAGGAGAAAGAGGAGCAUGAGGCUGGGGAGGUGAGGGGGGAGGGCAGAGGGGAGGGCAGGUGGGAGGGCAGGGGAGGGCAUAAGAGGGGGAGUGAUGGAGCGGAGAGAGAGGGGGUGAGAGAUGUGGGUGAGAGGGGGAAGAGAGGGGAGUGGGAGGAUGGGGAGCAGGAUAUGCGUGGUGGGUGGGAUGAGAAAAGUGUGAAGAUUGAGAAAGAGGAGAUGAAGAGUAGGGAGAGGGAGAGGGAGGAGAGGGAUAAAGAUAAAUCAAGAGAAAGGGAGGCGGAGGCUGGGAAGGGGAAAGAGAGAGAAGGGAGAGAGAGGGAGAGGGAGAGGGGGAAGGAGAGGGAAAGGGAGAGGGAAGACAAGGGACGAGACAGGGGCCGUGGGGAGAGGGAGAAGGAUCGUGAGGUGGAGAGGGGGGAGGUGAAGGAAGGACGGGAGAGGGACAAAGGACGCGAGAGGAACCAUGAGGAGGAGAGGGGCGAGGAGAAGGAGAGGGAAAGGGAGAAGGAGAGGGAACGGGAGAAGGAAAAGGAAAAGGAGAAGGAUGAGCAGAGGGAGCGAGUGCAGGAGGAGAAGAUGCGAGAGGAGCGGGAAAGGCUGAGGGCUCGACUUGAAGAAGAUAUGAUGGUGAGGGAGAAGGAGAAGGAGAGGGAAAGGGAGAGGGAGAAGGAAAGGGAGAGGGAGAAGGAGCGAGAGAGGGAGAGGGAGCGGGGCGCAGGGAAGGAUAAGGGAAGAGAGCGAAGCAAGGCUGCUGCGGCAGCAGCUGUGGCUGCAGCUGCUGCUGCCACUGCUGGCCGAAUCUCCGGAGGGGUUGUGGGAGGAGGAGAGGGGGGCGGUGCAGGGGGAGGAGAGCGAGGGGCCAGUAUGGCAGCAAGUCCUGCUAGAGUGACGGGAGGGGGAGCAGGAGGGGAAGCAGGAGGGGGAGGCGCAUCUGGUGUGAAGAGUCCAAAGGAAAUGGAAGGGGUGGAGGAGGGAGGGAAGGGUAGGGGAGGUAAGAGGAGUGUGAGUUCAUCAGAAGAAGGGGGAGGAGGGGCGGUGGCUGGAGGUGGUGGAGAGCGGGGAGUUAAGCGAGCGAGGAGGAACGAUGGGGAGAUGGAGAGGGAGAGAGGCAGGGACGAGAAGGGGAGGGAGAGGGAGAGGGAGCGGGAGAGGGGAGAGGAGACGCCGAGGGCGCAUGAGCGGGAGGGGAGAGGGGAAGGGAGAGGAGGGGAGCGGGGGAGUGGGGGUCGGGGAGGGGAGAAGGGAGAGUGGAGUGAGAGAGGUAGUGUGGAGCGGGGGAAGGGGAGAGAGGUGGAGGAUACAGGUAUUGUGGGUGAUGGGCGUGGGGAUGUGCAUGAGUGGGGGGAAAGGGGUGGUGUGCGUGAGAAAGGAGUGUCUGAUCGUAAAGGAGACAGGGAGAGGGAUAAGGAGAGGGAGAGGGAGAAGGGGAGGGAGAGAGAGCGAGGGCAGGUUGAUAGCACCCCUGAGAGGGAGGUGAAGGAGGAGAGGGGUGGGGGGCGUGAGAGAGAAGCAGAGAACUUGAAGGAAAGGGACAGGGACUGGGACCAUGAGCGUUCAACUAUGAAGGAGAGACUGGGGGAGCGAGGGAGGGGUGGGAGGGAGAGGGGAGAGAGAGGAGAGAGGUUGGGUGGAAAGGAGGAGGAGCGGGGAGUGGAGCAGGAGCGUGUGUAUGAGAAGGAACGUGGGGAGAGGGAGCGUGUUGAGAAGGGUGAGAAGGAGCGUGGAAUCUUCCCCGAGCGGAGCAUUGAGAGGGGAGGGGGGAUUCGUGUGGUGGUGCGGGAUAUGGGCGAGGAGGGGAGGGAGGAGGGGCAUGCGCUGAGGCAUGGAGCAGGGCAGGGGCUUCGUCACUCGCUUGUCGUUGGCGUAACUCCACCUGCUCCUGCUGGAAGAAUCCUUCAUGAGCCACGAGAGCGGGACCGCGACUGGGAUCGCGAUCACGAUUAUGACGAGCGCGACCAGGAACGGGACAGGGAUCGGGACAGGGACCGCGAUCACCCGCGAGACCGCGAGCCUUAUCGGGAGCGGGACCGCUCGCCUCGGGAGAGCAAGUUCUCCUCUGCGCCGCCUCCCAGGGACCUCCAGCCCAUUUCCCCUCUUCCACCGCAGCCUCUGUCCCUUCCUGCGCAGCUCGCUCCUACCAGUUCUUCAGCUGCUCUCCCUGCAAAGCGCAGGAAAAUCAAGCGGGAUCAGAGCCUCAUGCAGCCGCAUGGGGAUGCCAUGCAUUCGCCAGGCGGUGCCGGCCCGCCUGUGGCUGGCAUUGCAGCAGGUGGGCCAUCAGCCAUGCCCAUGCCGCUUGCUCCGCCAUUCCAUUCAGGUGGGGUUCAUCCGUCGUCUCGGUCUCCUGCUGUGGUUAUGGCGGCCGGUGGUGGGCAUCGUGGUGGGCCGAUGCUUCAUGUAACGUCAACGCUUGAUGACCGUGCGGACAGACGGUGGAUUGCUGACGGUGGUGGUGGUGGUGGUGGUGGAGGUGGGAGCAGGAGGAGUGGUGAGGUUGAGUUGCCACCGCCUUCACGAGGGGCAGGGCCUGCUAGGAGCUCCAGACUUGCUGGCAGGCUUGGGGAGCAGGAUGUGGGAGGGAGCUAUGGUCGUAGUGGUGCUGGUCAAGGAGGUGGAGUGCGGGACGAGGCGUGGGAUGGCGACAAGGCGCGAAGGGAUGGUCGCAUGAGUAACAGACGCCAUUGA